UUCCGUUGCAGUCGUACAAGAGUUCACACAGCUAGGCUGACCUCAAAACGUGAUCUUCGAAGAUCAUCUUCUCACGCGGAUAUCGAUCGAUUGAUCUGGAUUGAAACGCAAUUCGAUAUAAAGUGCCGUCCAUGAAAACCGAUUCCGACACCCCCGGGGUGUGAAAAUGAGCAGAACCACACUUUUCCAACAGCAGCCUCAUCAACUCCAGCAGAGCCAGCAGUGAAAGGACGGAAAGUCUACGACGAUAAGCAGUAGCACGGCUGUUGUGCACUCUUUAUGUCCAUUUGUAAACAGAUGCGAUUUCGAUUGUGGCCACCGCUGGUGAUCUUGUUGCAAGUGUUUGUAGCAAUUUCAGCAAGGGAGAAACGGAAAUGUCCCGGGGGACUCUGCAUCGAGCCGGAAAUAUGCCGACCGGUCAGCGUCAACGUGUACGACGAAGUGCACCUGGAGUUUUUCAGUUUUGAUCGUUCCAGCUCCGACGAGUGCCGCCGCCGGAACUUGAAGUGCUGUCCGUACGAGCGAAUUGUGCGAGCACCGGACACCGAGGCGCCCGACGAGGAAGAGAAGGUUUGCGCGGCGCGAAACAACCAAGGCGUGGGCAAGUUCGUGUACCAUGACAAGAGCAAGGCAAAGUACGGUGAAUUCCCGUGGAUGGCCUUCGUGUACACUUUGCAAGCGGACUACGAGAUCUACCUGUGCGGCGGAACGCUCAUCCAGUCCAAGGUGGUCCUCACGAUCGCGCACUGCGUCGAAGGCAAAAAACCGGACCAGCUACGCGUCCGGUUCGGUGAAUGGGACCUCGAGAACAUGGUGGAGAUCUACCCACCCCAGGAUCGGGCCGUCCACAAAAUGAUCAUCCAUCCACACUUUUACAACGAUUUGCUGCAGAACGACAUCGCCAUUCUGUUCAUCGACGAGCACGUGUGGUUCACGGAGGUGGUUGGAACGGUCUGUCUGCCACACCAAAACGACAACUUUGACAACCGGCGGUGUGUGUUUUCCGGCUGGGGUGAGGACAUCAACGGCCGGAACUCGUCCAUUCUGAAACGAACCAAGCUGCCGAUCGUGCCGCGUGGACAGUGCCAGAAGGCGUUGCGCCAACAGCUCAACGAUCGGUACUUCCAACUCCACGAGGGAUUUCUUUGCGCGGGGGGUGAAUCGGGCAAGGACGCCUGCAAAGGUGACGGAGGAUCUCCGCUGGUGUGCCGAAUACCGAAUGCCGAAAACCAGUACUACCUGGCCGGAAUUGUGGCCUUCGGGGCGGAAUGUGGGGCACACGGAGUGCCCGGUGUGUACGUUAAUGUUCCUUACUACCGCGAUUGGAUAGACGGUGAAAUUGCCAAGAUGUAUCACGUUGAUAUUUUCGUAAACUGAGUGACGAAUAAAACCUGUUCCAGUA